AUGGCCCAGGGGUGCCCAUACCUGCCGUUGACCCCUCUGUUGUUGGCUCUUCUGGUUUCAGGUUCCUGGGGAGUGAUUGUUGAGCCUGAGGAACUUCAUGGAGUGGUAGGACAGACACUGUCCAUGCGGUGCCAGUACAUGCCCAAGACAGGGCCUUAUGUACCGAAAACCUGGUGUCAGCAGACGGCUCCAAAUAGGUGUACGAGAGUGGUCACUACCACUCAGCCUCGGACAGCUGCUAACGAGCAACGACACACAAUAUGGGAUGACCCUGAAGCCGGCUUCUUUAUCAUCAAUGUGACUCAGCUGAAGGAGACAGACUCCGCUCCCUACUGGUGUGGACACUACAAUGCUUCCCACAGAAUGGUCACCGUGCUCAGAAACAUCAGCCUGGUGGUGUCUUUAGGCACAGCUGUGCAGAUUUAUGGCACAGGUCACUGCUGGCUUGAGAGACCCCAAGGGACUCCCUCUGAGUCCCCUUAUAUCCUGUCAAACCUGGUCCACUCUUCCUUCACCAACCAGUACGUGGCUCUCAACAAGGACAGCAUUUUCCAGUUUUUCUACACAGACUACCACCUUGCUCCCAACAAGGACAGGAAUGGAAAUUCUACCUCUUCCUUUGACUGGACUUCCCCUGGGCUCCUGGUCUCUGUGCAGUAUGGACUCCUCCUGCUCAAGGUCUUGGCUCUGUCAGUUUUGUGGGUGAUCCUGUGCUGCAGAUGCUACCAGAUUAAUGCCGCUCUCAAAUUCAGCUAG